CCCAUGUACUACUUUUUGGCAAAUCUGUCCAUCCUUGACCUUGGAUCCAUCUCUGUCAUUGUCCCCAAGUCCAUGGCCAAUUCUCUCUUAAACACCAGGACCAUUUCCUAUGCUGGAUGUGUGUCCCAGGUCUUUCUCGUCUUCCUCUGCUGUGCAACUGAUCUUGCCUUCCUCACCAUCAUGGCAUAUGACCGGUACAUUGCCAUCUGCAAGCCACUGCAUUAUGAGAUAAUUAUGAACAGGAGAGCUUGCAUCCAGAUGGCUGCCUGUGCAUGGGUUGUUGGUGCCAUGUACUCUGCAAUGCACACUGGGAACACCUUUAGUCUCCCCUUUUGCCACUCAAAUACCAUCAACCAGUUCUUCUGUGAAAUACCCCAGCUGCUCAGGCUCUCCUGCUUUGGCACAUACCACAGAGAGCUGGCAGCUCUUGCCUUCAGUGUGUGCUUAGGUUUAGGCUGUUUUGCUUUCAUCGUUGUAUCGUAUGUUCAGAUCUUCACCACGGUGUGGAGCAUCCCCUUGGAGCAGGGCCGGCAGAAAGCCUUCUCCACCUGCAUUCCCCACCUUAUCGUGGUUUCCCUGCUUCUUUCCACUGCCGGCAUUGCCUACACGAAGCCCAUCUCUGACUCCCCGUCCCCUCUGGAUCUCCUGGCGGCUGUUCUGUAUUCAGUGGUGCCUCCAUUGAUGAAUCCGGUCAUGUACAGCAUG